UCACAUCACUUUGUCUCGUCCCGCCCUGUCUGCCGGGGGGAAUUUUCCACCGGUGGUUCCAGCCUUGCCUUGACGCUUGCUGUGGGGCGCUCAGCCCGUGGCAGCAUGGCCGUCGUGCUGCCGGAAGUGGUGGAAGAGCUCCUGAGCGAGAUGUCCGCGGCGGUGCGGGAGAGCGCGCGAAUUCCUGAUGAGCAUCUCUUAUCGCUGAAGUUUAUCUUUGGCUCAUCAGCCAUCCAGGCCUUGGACCUAGUUGAUCGACAGUCCAUCACUUUAAUCUCAUCCCCUAGUGGACGGUGUGUUUACCAGGUACUUGGAAGUUCUGGUAAAACAUACACAUGUUUGGCUUCUUGUCAUUACUGUUCCUGUCCUGCAUUUGCCUUCUCAGUGCUGCGGAAAAGUGACAGCCUGCUGUGCAAGCAUCUCUUGGCAGUUUAUCUUAGUCAGGUUAUGAGGACCUGCCAGCAGGUCAGUGUCUCUGACAAACAACUGACUGACAUAUUGAUGGAGAAGAAAUAAGCAAGAAAAGUACGGAUGGAACAUUAUCUUUGAAAACAAAAGCCCACCAAGAUUUGAAUUUAACAUACCAUGGAUCACAAGAAAGAAAAGUGAAAUGGAUUGUUCAGAGACUUCUUGUUAGUGUCUCUUUUCUCUAAUAGGCUGCGGGAGGGGCUUUGGGUUGGAGGUGUGGAAUAUGAAGGGCGUGUGUAUAGUUAGGAGCCCUGUGCAGUCUUCUCAUGGAAAUAUGUCUAUACAGGGAAUCAAGUAUUGCAUAUUCAAAGAAAUAUCAUGCUGUGCUCAC